UCAUUCCCUUCUUUUCUUCAAAUGCUUCGUAAUUUCGGGCAUUGAUUAUUAUUUAUAUAUCCACAAACACACCAAGUCGUGAAUUUUCGAACAAAGAUAUGGAACGUGGAGGCUUCCAUGGCUACCGCAAGUUAUCCCUCGGCACCACCACUCCUCCUGCACCAGCUAAUUUUCUGGUGGCAGAGGGCACUAUGCGUCCCCCAGAAUUCAUCCAGCCUAACAAAACCAGUAAUGGUAGUGAAGAGGAGUGCACGGUGAGGGAGCAAGACAGGUUUAUGCCUAUCGCCAACGUGAUACGGAUCAUGCGGAGGAUCUUACCUGCUCACGCCAAGAUCUCAGACGACUCCAAGGAGACGAUCCAAGAGUGUGUCUCGGAGUACAUCAGCUUCAUAACAGGGGAGGCUAAUGAGCGGUGCCAGCGGGAACAGCGCAAGACCAUUACUGCUGAGGACGUCUUGUGGGCAAUGAGCAAGCUCGGUUUUGAUGACUACAUCGAACCCCUCACAUUGUACCUCCACCGCUACAGAGAGUUGGAGGGUGAACGAGGGGUUAGCUGCGGUGCUGGAUCUGUUAGUAUGACCAAUGGCUUGGUGGUCAAGAGGCCUAACGGGAACAUGAGCGAGUACGGAGCCUACGGGCCUGUGCCAGGGAUUCACAUGGCGCAGUACCAUUAUCGUCAUCAGAACGGGUUUGUUUUCAGUGGUAACGAACCUAAUUCUAAGAUGAGUGGUUCAUCUUCAGCAGCAAGCGGCGCCAGAGUUGAAGUAUUUCCGACUCAACACAAUAAGUACUGAGAACAAAGGCUAAUAUCGUAGACAGCUGACAGAGCGGGAGUCAUAACGGUUAGUAGGCGCAAGUUGUAGCUUAUGAAAUCAAGGUUUAAGCAAAAAAAAUGAAGGUUUUUUCUUUGUUUGUCAUCUACUUGAAAGAACAUGAAGUUUUUCAUCUGAUCUGUCUUGUGGUAAUGUGUGUUAAUAAAGUAAUGGGUUUCCAAACCGCA